GUAUAGAUUGCCAAUGCUGCCGCGGCUGGACUCAGUCUCAGUCCUCCAGCGAACUCCAUCGAGGACUUGUUGAUCCCGGGGAACUGGCGAGAGAGGCGGCUGAUCCUUCCUGCUUCGAACCACCGGCCGAGCUCAGGCAGGACUUAGGCGCAGAACACUAGAUCCCGAAUCGUCCCUGCGGCAACCGAUACACGAACCAAAGAUGCGCACGUGUGUUGCAUUGGCAGUGGUCGCUCUGGCGAGCACGAUGCAGCUCGAAGUGAGCGCAUGGGGCGGUGUGUUCAACCGUUUCAGCCCGGAAAUACUGUCGAAUCUGGGCUACGGUGGCCACGGCGACUACAUGAGUAAAUCAGGACUGUACCAGCGGCCCCUGUCUGGCGCCUAUGGGAACUCUUAUGGGGAGUCGAUGGAGGAAUUGGCGGAAGUUCAACCCUGCGAGGACAGACCCUGCACCUCCAACGAACAGUGUUGCCCGGGAUCCAUUUGCGUUACCGUAGAUGCAGUGGUCGGCCACUGCAUGUUCGUGUUCGGCCAGAAACAGGGCGAGCUAUGCAAGCGGGACAAUGACUGUGAAACCGGUCUAAUGUGCGCCGAGGUUCCUGGCAGCGAGUCCCGAUCGUGUCAACCACCGGUGACGUCGAACAAACUUUACAAUGAGGAGUGCAACAUGUCCGGCGAGUGCGACAUCGGACGCGGUCUGUGCUGUCAGCUGCAAAGACGUCAUCGACAGACCCCUAGAAAAGUUUGCUCCUACUUCAAGGAUCCCCUGGUAUGCAUCGGGCCCGUGGCAACGGACCAAAUAAAAUCGGUGGUGCAGUACACUUCCGGCGAGAAGCGGAUCACCGGCCAGGGGAACCGAUUCUACAAGAGCGUGCCCUUCGCCUAAACGCGUCUACGAUUAGGUCCGAGGCGGUGAGAGAGUGGAGAAAGCGUCGCAAGAAAUCAAACCCAUCGCACACGAUUCUCACGGAUCCGAUUCACACUAAUUCGUUGCUAUGAUUUUCAGCUGUCGAUUCGGAGUUCUCUCGAUUCGUUCGAUGCCUCCGGUCCCGAUCCCGCCAAGCGAGGCCACCUCGACGAGAGUCCGAAGUGACCUCGGCUGGUGAAGGACCGGGUAGCGAUGCAAACGCGCCUUCCAAUCGGUUUUCUCCAAACAUUGCGACUGAGAACUAAUAAUACAUAUCAGAGUAGCCUGUUUCUUAGUGUUUUAAGGGAAAAAUACAUAUCAAUGAGAAGAUUCUGCGGGGCGCGUUUCCAGGGAUCAGGCUCGAUCGAGACGAAUCUCGUAUACAGGGCGGUUCUACAUGUUCGUCCAUUAUUUUCCGUUCCUUCUCGUUGGUCUAGCGAUCUGGAUUCCAGACGAUUAGAACACCCCUCCUGGAAAAUAUAAUCUCAGCUGAAAUCGUACAUCCCGUCGGGGUACGAUGCUUUCUUUGCCCUGUACACGGGCGAACUUAAACAGAUCCUCGAAUCGAGUUUCCUGAAUCUACUACUUACAAGAUAAGGUGUCUCCUCGAAUUACUCAAACGCACAGACAGAGUAAAGUAAAUAUGUACGCAUAUAUAUACAUAUAUAUAUAUUUUCGAAUCGGCUGAUUCUCGGCAGGAGGUCGAACGAACGUCGAGCAGAAAAAAGGAAAUAUUUUCUCACGGGCGAGCGUCGUCGAACAAAGCAUGUUUGCUCUAAACAAAAUUAUGUACUCGGCCGAACGAAGGAAAAAACGAUUCGUCGGUGUCUGCGGGAACGUAUCAUAGUGAACUUAUUAAAAAAAAAAACUCUACUACAUAUACAUGCGAGUGAAGUCGUAUCGCGGUCAGACAGAAAAAGAAAAAUACGUACACAUAUCAAUGAAGUAUCUUGCUUCGCGUAGCCGUAUAUUCCAAAAUUCUUUAGACGUACGUAUGUAUACGUAGAGAUUCGGUAUUUAGAGAUUCUGUUUUAAGUGUGGCUGCCGCUCGAUCGAACAACUAUCGUCGCGGAGAUCGAGCCGCGCAUCAAAGAUGUCCAAUCGCGGGAAUCACUCCAUUGACUAAAUAUUGGAACCUCGGAGGUCGCUUCGUCAAGCGGUUAAUUAAAAGACAAGAAAGCCGUAGCGUAAACAAAGAAUAUUAAUUAAACGAACAGACGCAUACAUAUAUAAUAUCCGGGUCUGUCUGCUAACGUGCACGUAGAAUAAUAUUUGUGGGAAUCGAAACGUUAACUAACGUCUAUUACGCUGUCUGUAUUAAAAACUAAGAGCUCGAUCAUUCUGGGAAUCGCAGGCGUUUAGACGCAAUUGCGGCUUCGAGACUUGUCAGCCUACGAUUGGGCCCGGACAGAGCAAACGUUACAAUUGUAAUCGAAUUAUCUGGAAGCCGCGGUGCUAUUUUUUCGGUUUGUUAGAAAGAGAGAGAGGGAGAAAAAAAAACAAAAAAAAAUACGAACGUAAGAGUGAAAUGAGAACGUCGUUGCGGACACUCUUUCUGAUGCGUCAAGUACCUGCUGCGAAAUCCGGACAACCCCUCGUUUCUACGCCACUGAUGCUAGUCAUCGGGAGUCCAAGCACACACAAAUGAUACAAGUUUAAAGAAAAAAGACGAAAAGAAAAGGAACUAAACAAAGAAAACGAGAGAAAGAAUCGUAUUUCUAGUUACACACGGAAUAAUGAGAAUAUUAUAUUAUACUUCCAACGUUGAUCGUUAUAUCGUGUAAGGGAACUCUAACAUAUCAUGUGAAUGCCUAAAUCCAUUAAGGAGAGUUUUAAUCUUGUGAAUGUUAUUAACGCGAGAUAUAUAUAUAUUAUACAUAUAUGUAUAUCGUAUUGAAAUUAUAUUUUUAUCUUCGAUCGAUAUGUAUACUUAAACGGUAUAUAUUUACAUAGUAUUCAUAUAUUUUCCGGAAGCGUAUAUCUAUUAACUAAUCGUAAACUAUACCCUCCGAUGCGUCGUGCGUGCGAACGCAGGAACUGUUCCGUUAGUUUCGAUUUACGAUUCAAUUGAACCACGAUAACGAUAAGAUGAUUUCGCGUGAGAUCGAGGAGGAUUAGGAUUAUUUUCGUAAUCGUUGAAUUAUUGUAUUCCGAAGGGGGAGAUUUACGAAGGUGAUACACUGAUACAUAUCAUAGGCUAAUUCGAUCGUUCGAUUUCGGUAAGUUACGGUUGAAUUUUUGCGGUUGUUUGUUUAAAAUUGUUUAAACGUGCGGCUCAUUGGGGGACUACGGCCGCUUCGGCCCUGAGUCAAAGUACCUCUAUCGAAUGAAUUAAUUCCACCAUAAUUAUAUGUCUAUAACUAUAUGUACUGUUCAAAAUUAUAAUGCAAAGUUAUGAUAGAUUAAUGUGAAAUACAAUGUGGUGCAUACAAAACAUAAA